GCUUGUUCCGUACACAGCAUGGCUGUCUUUCUCCCUCAUUUUCCUUUUUAGUAUUCAAUUUAUUUAUCUCCCUCCUGUCCGCUUCAGUAUCUAAGAAGCUUUUGGUCUUGUAUAAAAAUCCCAAAAUCUGUGGGGGGGGGGGAGUGAGAAGAAUCAUAGUAUAAUAAAAUGUUUCACUCGGAAGGCCUCGUAUCGAGGAAAGGACCUUUAGGAGCGAUUUGGGUGGCAGCCUAUUUCGCGAAGAAGCUUAAGAAAACUCAAGUCAAAGACACUCAUAUUCCUUCCUCCGUUGACCAGAUCUUGCAAAAGGAGUUGGACGCUUUGACAUACAGAGUUUUAGCCUAUCUUCUCCUUGGUCUCGUUAGAAUAUAUUCCAAGAAGGUCGACUUUUUGUUCCAUGAUUGCAACACUGCCUUUAUCGCUGUAAAGGAGUUUGUGGCUAAGGAUAAGAACAACAGAGAUAACACUAAUGUGCCUCUCCCUGCUGCUGCAGCAUCUACCGUGUUUUCUUCAAUUGCUUUGCCUCAGUGUUUCGAACUAGAUGCUUUUGAUCUUGGUGUUUUGGAAGAUUCUCACGGGGACAAUGUUAGGCCUCAGGAAGAUAUUACACUUAAACAAGUUGGAGGUGCUGCUGGUCGGGAUACGGAGAGCAUGGACCACUACUAUAUGGAAAGGUUCGACAUGGAGGAGGAGGAGGAGGAUCUCGGCUUUACGUUUCAUGAAACUUCCGUUGCCGAUCAUACUGAUACUAGAUUUGAGACCGCCCAUGAUAUGGACAUAGAUGCAGAAAAUGUCAGAGAUGCUAGUGGACAAGCAUCAGUCAGAGUUGUUGAAGCAGAGCCGCUAGAGUCUAACAAAUCAUCCAGAGAUCAGCAAAAUGCAUCUAGGCAUGGGGAGGAUCCAGAAUCAGAUGACAUGGAACGCGAAGAACCAGGAUCUGUGGGGGGAAAUGGAGACUUGCCUGAAUGCAUAGAGAAACAUCGAGGCCAUAGUGAUGGGGAAAUGACAGACACUGAUAUGUUUCAUAAAGAGCCAUCUGAGACUCCUGAAGUGAAUAAAGUUGGAUACAAUGAGAAAGGUUUCCUCUCUGGCAUUACUUUUUCAGAAGAGCCGGAGAGUAAAGGAUCUAAUGCUAAAGAUACUCCAGUUGCUGCUACUCCCAAAACACCUUCCCGGCUGAAGAUCUCUCAAGGUACAGGGGAAACAAGCCAUCAGUUCUCCAUCAUUACCACACCUAGUGGAAAGGAGUCUUCUCGGAAGAGAAAAUGUCUAAUAGAUGACGAAGUUAUAAUUCCGAACAAAGUUAUUAAGAAAAUGAUAGAAGACUCAAGUACAUUGGUUAAAAAACGGAGAAAGGUUCCUGAUACUGACUAUCCUGAGAAAAGAAUCAAACGUCUUGCUGAUCCCUCUAGAAGUUACUGGGACCCUUUGUUUCCAUAUGGUUCUUUGGACCUCCAAUUGCUUUUCAAUCAACCCAUCAGGCUUAAAGAACAGAACACAACAGAAACUCCUAAAGCUGCUAAAACCGCUAGGCGAAUGAAAAGGUCUUCUCUUAGAGGCCGUGGGGAUGCUUUUCCUGUAGAGCAGACUGAGAGUGGUCCGGAAAUUAUGGAGACUCCUCAGGCUGUUGCUCUUGCCGAGCUGAAAAUUACUGCUCCAGAGACUGUUUCAGUUAGUUCCAUAGCUGCUGGAAGUUCUCAUCAAACAAAGGUUGCUUCAGAGACGCCAAUAGAGCCUGCAGAGCCAACGUAUAUUGCUCCAGAUACCCCAGCAAGAACAUCAGAGCAAACAGGGAUUGCUCCUGAAACACCAGCAGUCUCUGAGCGAGAAGAGAUUGCUCCUGAGAUGCCGCUGAGAGAAUCAAUGUCAGAAAGAUAUUGCAAGGACCCUGAGACCUGUGAACAAGAAACAAGACCUGCCAACUCCUUCACCUUCUUUGACGAGUGCCCGUCAGAAUAUUACGAGGAUGGAAGGGACCUUGAUGUUAUUUUGAUGCACGAGGAGCAGGUGAAUGCACAUGAAACAGAGGACCUGCAACAAGAGACAUGGUCAGCAAGAACAAGGAAUGUGGCAAAAUUCCUGGAGAAAACGUUUCUGGAGCAAAAGAAGAAAGGAGAAGAAGAAAAAGCGAGUUUGUUACAGUUGUGCAGAGGAAGAACUCAGAAGGAAAGUGCAAGACUCUUCUACGAGACUUUGGUGUUGAAGACGAAGGGUUACUUGGAGGUGAAGCAAGACCAUCAAUAUAGUGAUAUUCUCCUCUCGCCAAUAACCAGACAACAAGAAGCUUGUUGAAAAGCUGGAGCUAUAUUUCUUCCCUCUAGUUUUUAGGUUUUCUGAAGAAGUAUCUGCUAAUCAAAGUUUUUAGUCUUUUGGAAUCCAUCUAGUUUUAGCCUUUUGUUUCCAGUCUUUUAAGUUUAGACUCAGAAUGAUCAAUGAUCUGAAAAGUAUGUAUGAAUAUACUUGGUUGAUCUAAUCAAGUUAUUUUAGAGACA